AUGGAAAGCUUCGACCUCACCAACGCACCCCCCGAAAUCCAAGCCUACACCACCCUAAUGCUCUGUCUGAACCUCUACAACAACGCCUCCUGGCUCUACGUCUACUUCGGGAUGAUCUACCGCUCCAUAAAAGACAAGUCCUACGCCAUGCCCCUCUAUUCCCAAUGUCUCAACAUCGCUUGGGAACUAACCUUCGGCCUCAUGUUCAUCGACGACUGGAAGGUCUGCGCGACCUUCAUCGUCACCUUACCCACAAACUGCCUCGUCAUCUGGGCGGCCAUCUCCCACGGUGCACGAGAGUGGGGCCGCUCGCCCCUAGUACAGCGCCACCUCCUCUGGUUCUAUGUGGUCGGGACGGUAGUCUCUGUCGCGCUGCAUAUGUGCGCUGCCUCGGAGCUGGGGCCUGAGAAGGCCUUCUUUGUCGAUGCGAUUGUGUGCCAGGCGGUGUUGAGUGUGGGAUAUCUUGGGAAUUUGAUUCACAGGGGAAGUACGAGGGGAUUUUCGAUGGAUUUGUGGUUCUUCCGCUUCUCAGGCUCCCUAACCCUCGUCCCCGAAUUCUACCUGCGGGUGAGAUACUGGCCCGAGAAGUUCGGUUUCCUAGGUCAGCCCCUCAUGCUCUGGUGCUGUGCUGUCUUCCUCGGCUUUGACCUGGUCUACGGGAUCUACUUUUGGUAUAUUCAGCGACAGGAACGCGAGACGGGGAUGCUGCUUGCUGAUGGGCGGAAGAGGAAGUGA